AUGUCCGGUGUCGUCGACCCGUCAAUCAUGCCGAGCACUUCCGCGUCGCUCGCCCAGAGUAUCAAUACGACCGUCUCUGCGACAUCCGGAAAGUCGAUUAUCCCAUCCUCGCCCCUCGAACUGCUUACUUUCCCCAUUCGCGCCUUACACCGCGCCGAGACCUUCGCCUUCCGCACCGUUCCUCGACACAUUGCAAGACUCGCCGGAUUAGAAGACGUUACCGUGAACUUAUGGGGUGGCCCUUCAACGACAGGUGAUACAGGGCUCGCAGGCGAGGCUGUGGCAGCAACGGCCAACAUGGCGCGUGAGGGCGUUGCUCACACGGUCGGACAAGGUAACAGCUGGUAUGUGACCGAGUUUCUGCAGACGAUGCGGAAAGUUGGGGGCUUCUUUGGUUAUUUGACCAGCGUCUGGUCUUUCGCGUGUCUGAUCGAGGCUCUCAUCCUCAACCGCGUCACUAUCUAUGCAUCCUCCCGAAGACAUCUUAGAUUAGGAUGGGAGAGACGACUCGCUCUACGCAUUAUUCCAAUACUCCUUUUUGUCUCACAAAUACUGUCCCUACUGCGUGGUAUCCGAUGCCAGACGUCUCCGGAUUACUCCUCCAUGCGAUAUGGAAAGCCAGGGAAAUCGUUGAGCUUCGACUAUGCCAGUGGUGGGGGUGCUCUCCACUCGCUUGCAUCCAUUCUUUUACCAUGGGAGACCGAUGAAAAGGCCUGCAGUGCCGUGAAGAUGGGAAGGGCAGCGAGCAGUCCCGAUGUCCCGUUCGGCUCGUUUUCUCUCCUGUGGCCGGUUUUCCUACAGCUUUGUCUAAGCCAUUUUGUUGAAACUCUUUCUUGCGCUCUACAGGGUCGGCCCGUCAUGACGGAGACUGGAAUGUCAAUCUUUGAGCACUCCCUGGCCUUUGCCGAAGCCGAGUCUAUGAUCGGUAAAUCGAUUGGACUUGGGCUGUUCGGUCUCCCCAAGCAAAGCCCUCUCAACGAUGGUGAAUCCCGGGAUAGUUCAUCCCCUUUCCAACUUCUUACAAGGGCGCAAGUCCUCGAUAGAAUGAACGCCACCCCAGAGCUCCUGCUCAUCGUUCUGAUUUCGUGCUUAAACAGCCUCUCUUCACACAUACUCGAUGUCUUUGGAAAACAGAGUCGAUUCCGCCUCUUCAACACUGCCCUUUGGGGGUUCUGCUUCAUGGCAGCCAUGUCAUGGGGAUUCGAAAGUGGCCCUCCAGUAAGCACCGAGACGGGUGUGCUUCGAUUCCCCACAGUUUGCAUCGUUGGCUUCAUUCCUCAUCUUCUGGUCCUCUUCGGCAUUUUUACAUGCUUCGUUAUCUAUGGACUAGCUUUGACUGUCACCGCAUUUUCUUUGCCCUUUGAAGAAGGCCAGCCGGCAUCUCUUCGGGAACGAUUCGCGUUGGCUCACGAGAACAUGCAAGGUUCCAACCAGAUCCGGAGCAUCCGCGUCAACAGACACGAAGAUUUCUAUACCACUUUACUUCGGAUUGGAUAUGUCGCAUUGACUGCCGCGAGUGAAGCGGUCUUCUUGAACGAAGGCAAAGCCGUCGUCGCAAGGCAGAUGACCUGGCUCGAAAAAGACCGACUUGCUGAGAUCGAAGCUUCUCGUCGGAGAAACUCAACCCACGGGAAUUGGCCCAACCAGGCCGAGGGGACUCCUUUCGAACCCGUGGGCUUUGCCAGCUUUGAAAUUCCAGACCGACCUGAUGUAUGGGAGAGCGGAUACAAGCGGGAGAAGAAACUGGAAAAGCCCAAGAAUGCAUCCCGGCAGAUGCGACCUCAAGGUGAGCUUGGAGGUGUCGGUGCUGUGCGGGCAUCAGUCCGUUUAUGGCUUGGUAUCUCUUUCCUUCGUUCUAUCUUCUGGCUUGUUGCCCGGUGGAUCGCAUACGGAUUCAACCGCGCCCUUGAUCGUUUAGGAGUCAGCUACCGGCCCCAGUGGCUGAAGCACUUGGUUGGAAAGAAGAAGGACAACGCUAGGCCUGGAAGAGGAUCUCCGGGAUCGUUGGACUUUUGGAUUCUCACCGAUGAAGGCGAACUUGAGCUUCCCGAUAACCACGAGUUCGAUGUUGAGCUGGAAAUGCGGAAACGUGAACGUUCUAGUCAACAGGACUGGGAGGGCCCAGAUGAACGCCGAAUGGACGAGAAGCUAUAUGCGUGGUGGAAAGCGGGUGGCUCUUGGGGUAACCAGGACAACACGCCUGAUUACAGCCCUCCUAGUGAAGACGAUGAUACGACGAGCGUUAUUUCCAUGUCCACCAAUGCAUCAGAAUCGGAAUGGGAGGACUAUCCAUCGGAUGGUCGUCGCACUCCAACGCAGUCGGACCCAUAUCCUCAAUUUUCUCGGGAGAGCACACCUCAGCAAGAUGCUCUCAUGGACCUGAGCACUUUCGCUCGUCUGCUCGACCCUCGCGAUCGUGAAACCAGAGAAGAGGCACGAAUUCUUGCGGCACAUCUCAGUCCAGGCCAAGGGUCCGGUCGAAUCAUGACUCGCAGCCAGUACCAGCAGCAAGUAGAGCGGGAGAGAUCUCGUGUCCUACUGUCUUCCCGUUUGCACCAUCCAGCUGUCACACAUGCCCACGCGGAACAUCGAAGACCCUCUGCCGAAGAAGAGUCUGAGAUGCUCGAACAGCUGAUCCUUUCCCGCCGCGCUGACUUUGAGGAGAAGUCUUCCAGCUCUGAUCCCAAUACCUGGGAGUCUGGUGCCAUGGGUCUAGGCGAGAAUGGCCCACCAUGCGUUGUCUGCCAGACGAGCCCACGGUCCAUCAUCACCUGGCCUUGUCGCUGCCUCUGCAUCUGCGAGGACUGCCGGGUCAGUCUAGCCAUGAAUAACUUUGGCAGUUGUGUGACUUGUCGACAGGAAGUCGGUGGGUUCAUGCGGCUAUGGGUUCCAUGA